CUGCCGCACCGCUGCGGAGACACAGCCGCCAGCUUCAUCGCAGAGCGCGGCUCAGCCCGGCGUCCGCGCAGCCUCCGCCAGCCUCCGCCAGCCUCGUCUCCGCCAAACCCUCCCUCCCGGCCUCAUCCUCCCCAACCUGAUCUCCUCAAGCCUCAUCCUCUCCCAUCUUGAUCUUCUGAAGCCGGAACCCCGCAAGCCUGAUCCUUUCCAAGCCCGAUUCCCCUCCCUGCUUGAUCCAUCACACCUGAUCCCCAAAACUUGAUCCCCCCCCAACUUGUUCCCUCAAGGCCUGAUAGUCCAGGUUGACCCUCUUCUCAGACCUGAAAUCCCAAAGCUUCAUACCCCAAAGCUUGAUACCCGCAGCUUGAACCUCUCCAAAUGACCCUACCAGCCUGACUUCUCCGAGACUGGUCACUCCCCAAGCCUGAUCCUUUCACUCAGCCUCAGUUUCCAUAUUGUCGCAUGCCAAGCUUGAUACCCUCCCAGACUAAAAUCAUAUCUUCUGUCUCAUCCCUUUCUUUCCCGAAUUAGCUUGCCCCCUCAGUCCCAAACCUCAACUUCCAGCAUUAAUUCCCUGCAUCUUGAACCCCUACCCUUAGGGUCUAGCCUUAGGCCCAUCUAUCCCCUCCCCAUCCACGCUUUUGCCCAGCCUUCGAUUCCAGUGGCCUCCUACCCAGGCUCCCUCGGGAGCCCCCUGGGCAAUCACCAACCUGCUUUCGAAGAGUUGGGACUGGUGCCCAGGAGGUGUGGACCACAGUCACCAGUUCCCUGCUGGGUCCCAGGGAGACCGCGCACUGAGGGACACGUCUCUUCCAAGUGCAAGCCAGGGCAUGCUGGCAGCCCCGAGGGGCUGGGAGGCUCAGUUAGAGUCUAACCAGGUAGAUAGGGUUAGGCACAGGCGGAGACUCCCGCCCGCAUGGAAAGUGAGUGAGAAGAAGCCGCGAACACCACCGGCCCCUCCAUCCUCACCGCCCCUUCAUCCUCACUGGCUCCCCAGUCCUCACCAACCACUCCAUCCUUGCCAGCCCCUCAUCUUCGCCAACCCCUCCAUCCUUGCCAGACCCCAUUUCCACCAACCCCUCCAUCCUUGCCAGCCCUUCCCAUCUGCCCACCUUAACAGUGCCACGUUUGUUCUCCCAAGGUCCGUGCCCCUCGCCUGCAGCUGCCAUGGAAGCUCCUUGGACCCUUUAGAAGCUUCUCGCCGCCGUCACAGGAGCCCCAGAGGAUGUCCAGUGGGGUCUUCCCAGUUGAGCAGGUGGCCGCAGGCGACAUGGAUGACGCAGCAGCACGCUUCUGUGUGCAGAAGCACUCAUGGGACGGGCUGCGUAGCAUCAUCCAUGGCAGUCGCAAGUCGUCGGGCCUCAUCGUCAGCAAGGCCCCCCAUGACUUCCAGUUUGUGCAGAAGCCUGAUGAGUCUGGCCCCCACUCUCACCGUCUCUAUUACCUGGGAAUGCCCUAUGGCAGCCGUGAGAACUCCCUUCUCUACUCCGAGAUCCCCAAGAAAGUACGGAAGGAGGCCUUGCUGCUGCUAUCCUGGAAGCAGAUGCUGGACCACUUCCAGGCCACACCCCACCAUGGUGUCUACUCACGAGAGGAGGAGCUGCUGCGGGAGCGCAAGCGCCUGGGCGUCUUCGGUAUCACAUCUUAUGACUUCCACAGUGAAAGUGGCCUCUUCCUGUUCCAGGCCAGCAACAGCCUGUUCCACUGCAGGGAUGGUGGCAAGAAUGGCUUCAUGGUUUCCCCGAUGAAGCCAUUGGAGAUCAAGACCCAGUGUUCUGGGCCACGCAUGGACCCCAAGAUCUGCCCCGCAGACCCUGCCUUUUUUUCCUUCAUCAACAACAGUGACCUGUGGGUGGCAAACAUCGAGACUGGAGAGGAACGGCGCCUCACCUUCUGUCACCAGGGUUCAGCCAGUGUCCUGGACAAUCCCAAGUCAGCAGGUGUGGCCACCUUUGUCAUUCAAGAGGAGUUUGACCGCUUCACUGGGUGCUGGUGGUGUCCCACGGCCUCUUGGGAAGGUAGGGAAGGCUCUGAAGGCCUCAAGACACUGCGCAUCCUGUAUGAGGAAGUGGACGAAUCUGAGGUGGAGGUCAUUCAUGUGCCCUCCCCUGCCCUGGAGGAGAGGAAGACGGAUUCCUACCGCUACCCCAGGACAGGCAGCAAGAAUCCCAAGAUUGCCCUGAAGCUGGCUGAGAUCCAGACCGACCAUCAGGGCAAAAUCGUGUCAAGCUGCGAGAAGGAACUGGUACAGCCUUUCAGCUCCCUUUUUCCCAGAGUGGAGUACAUUGCCCGGGCUGGCUGGACACGGGAUGGCAGAUAUGCCUGGGCCAUGUUCUUGGACCGUCCCCAGCAACGGCUCCAGCUUGUCCUCCUCCCCCCUGCCCUCUUUAUCCCGACCCUUGAGAGUGAGGCCCAGCGGCAAGCGGCUGCCAGAGCCAUCCCCAAGAAUGUGCAGCCCUUUGUCAUUUAUGAAGAAGUCACCAAUGUCUGGAUUAACGUCCAUGACAUCUUCCACCCAUUCCCUCAGGCCGAGGGCCAGCAGGACUUUUGUUUCCUCCGUGCCAACGAGUGCAAGACUGGCUUUUGCCACCUGUACAGGGUCACUGUGGACCUUAAGACCAACAACUAUGACUGGACGGAACCCCUCACCCCUACAGAAGAUGAGUUUAAGUGCCCCAUCAAGGAGGAGGUCGCCCUGACCAGUGGCGAGUGGGAGGUCUUGUCGAGGCAUGGCUCCAAGAUCUGGGUCAACGAGCAGGCGAAGCUGGUGUACUUUCAAGGUACAAAGGACACGCCCCUGGAACACCACCUCUAUGUGGUCAGCUACGAGUCGGCAGGCGAGAUCGUGCGACUCACCACACUCGGCUUCUCCCAUAGCUGCUCCAUGAGUCAGAACUUCGACAUGUUCGUGAGUCACUACAGCAGUGUGAGCACGCCGCCCUGCGUGCAUGUGUACAAGCUGAGCGGCCCCGAUGAUGACCCGCUGCACAAGCAACCGCGCUUCUGGGCCAGCAUGAUGGAGGCGGCCAGUUGCCCCCCGGACUAUGUGCCCCCUGAGAUCUUUCACUUCCACACCCGUGCGGAUGUGCAGCUCUAUGGUAUGAUCUACAAGCCGCACACCCUGCAGCCUGGGAGGAAGCACCCCACUGUGCUCUUCGUCUAUGGGGGCCCACAGGUGCAGUUGGUGAACAACUCCUUCAAGGGCAUCAAGUACCUGCGGCUAAACACACUGGCAUCGUUGGGCUAUGCUGUGGUGGUGAUCGAUGGUCGAGGCUCCUGUCAGCGGGGCCUGCACUUCGAGGGGGCCCUGAAAAACCAGAUGGGCCAGGUGGAGAUUGAGGACCAGGUGGAAGGCUUGCAGUAUGUGGCUGAGAAGUACGGCUUCAUUGACUUGAGCCGCGUUGCCAUCCAUGGCUGGUCCUACGGUGGCUUCCUCUCACUCAUGGGGCUUAUCCAUAAGCCACAAGUAUUCAAGCCACCCCACGAGGCCGAGUCCCCCUCCUCAUUGCCUGCCACCACCGACCCCAGGAUGGCAUCCGCCAGCAGCUCUAUGUGGGAGGCCAAGCCCGGGACCCCUCCCUCGGAGGGGCAGAGAUCCAUCCCCUGUAUCUUGCAGGUAGCCAUUGCGGGUGCUCCUGUCACUGUGUGGAUGGCCUAUGACACAGGGUACACGGAACGAUACAUGGAUGUCCCCGAAAACAAUCAGCAAGGAUACGAGGCAGGGUCUGUAGCCCUGCAUGUGGAGAAGCUGCCCAAUGAGCCUAACCGCCUGCUUAUCCUCCAUGGCUUCCUGGAUGAGAACGUUCACUUUUUCCACACAAAUUUCCUGGUGUCCCAGCUGAUCCGAGCAGGGAAGCCAUACCAGCUCCAGAUCUAUCCAAACGAGAGGCACAGCAUCCGCUGCCGCGAGUCUGGAGAGCAUUAUGAGGUGACUUUGCUGCACUUCCUACAGGAGCACCUGUGACCUCAGACCUGCGUCCUUACACCACCGCUGCUUUUCUUGCGUUUUUGUAAUCUUAAUUUUUGAAGCUUCCAAUUUGUUUGCUUGCUGCUGCUGCCUGGGGGCCAGGACAGAGACGGUGGCCCUCAUGCCACCCUCCUUGGGGGCUGGUAAGAAGCCACCAUUGUGCCCACGCCUCCACCAGGCUGCCAUGACCCCGACCUUGCAGCACCGUCCCCACACAGAAGCAUGCGCCGCCCCUGCAGUCAUGUGUGUUUGGGGUGGGCAUUUUAAAUAAUUAUUUAAAAGACAGGAAGUAAGCGGUACCGAGUCAUGAAACUGAAGGUACAGCACUGGGCAGCUGGGGACCCCACACUCUUCCCACGCCCAGACUAUGUGGAGCUGCCAAGCCCCUGUCUGGGCACCUUCUGCCCUGCCUGUCUGCUGCCCGGCUCCUCCUCAGGUAUCACCUAGGGAUGCCAGGGUCGGGAGAAGGACAUGUCCUGACCUCAGGGUUAUAGCCCUUCCCCACUGCCUCCUACAAGAGUUCCGGCAUACAGAAGUAAAAAAGAAACAGAAAAAGAAAAAACAAACAACAACAAAAAAACAAACCAGAAACCACCUCUACAUAUUAUGGAAAGAAAAUAUUUUUGUCAAUUCUUAUUCUUUUAUAAUUAUGUGGUAUGUAGACUCAUUAAACAAUUCCAAAUGAA